UUCAAUCCCGUCUUUCCCAAACCAGGGAUAGCCUCCUGUGAUGACCCUUCCCGGUCUUCCAGUUUCCAUUUGCUCGAUUCAUUUGCCGUCUGACCGGCCUCCGGCGAGAUCCCUCCGGGCUGUUGCCCUUGGGAGAGCGAUGCUCUUCGUCUCUUCUGGCACAGUCCUCUCGCAUUUCUCGGUCACCUGGAAACCCUAACCCCAGUCUUAACUCAUAUUUUUUUGGGGGAGAUCCCUCCCGGCGGAGUGGCGGAGGGAACGGGCAGCAGGUGAUGCUAUGGCGGAUCACGAGGAUGAGGAUCUGCAGAUGGCCCUCCGUAUGAGCCUGCAGCAUGCGCCGGAGCCCAAGCGGAGCAAACCGAGAGAGAGCACUGCUGCUGCCGCGGCCGAGGAGUCGCCAGAGGCGAGGAGCCGACGGAUCCGGAGGGAGACCCUGGCGGCAGCUGCCGAGAGGAGGAUCGUGAUGGGUCAUACUGCGGCUGGGUCACCGCAACAGCCGGCUGGAGCGGGAGCGAGGGUUGUAGUGCCGGCGGCUGCAGGAACGCCGGAAAGGCUUGCCGCUGUGGGGAAAUUUGCUGUAGGAGACCAUGGAGAAAAGUUAUCGCCAGCUGAUGCGGAAGGGCUGUUCUCGAUGGUUUUUGGGGAGGGGGCUUCGAAAGAUAUAAUCGAGCAUUGGUGUAAGCAGGGCAUCAAGUUUAGCCCUGACCCUGAGACUUCUAUGGGUCUUGUGCAACAUGAAGGAGGACCAUGUGGUGUACUGGCACCUAUCCAGGCAUUCAUCCUCAAAUACCUAUUGUUUUGUACAGUUGAAUUAUGCACCUCGGGGUUCAAUAUACGACCAAACAGUACAGUUCUUAAGAAGCUUUCUCAAAAAUCUUGUACACCGAUGGAAUAUUUUUCUUCUUUGAAUGAAGGUGAAAAGACUAGAGCACUAGUUCUCAGUAUGGUAGAAAUUCUAUUUUCAUGUGGCAAUGGAAAAAAAGCUGUUGUUGCAACAUUGAGUGUUGUUGAUCCUCACUCUGGUGAAGAAUCUGUAGAUACCGACAGAUCUGAGAUGGUUGAAAAAGCCUUGGACGGUUGUUCAAUUGAAUCAGCUUCGGACUUGCAUACAUUUUUACGAAUUUAUACACAUAGCUCACAGAUGGCUACUUUUCAUCAAAUUAAGGCUAUGCUUCCUGUCUUUCAAAGCCGUCUGGGGGCACUGCUGUUCCUUUUCUCAGCUCUGCUUUCAAGAGGAUUGGAACAUAUACAAGCGGACCGAGACGAUCCUAGCCUCCCUUUAGUCACUGCUCCAUUCGGUCAUGCUUCACAGGAAAUCGUAAACCUGCUUCUUUGUGGUCAAGCUGUACCAAAUGUAUUUGAUGGUAGAAUGGAUUUGGGUGGUGGUAUGUUCCUCAAGGGUAUUCCAACAUUUGUGGAAGUUGGGUUCCUUAGUCUUCUCGAAUCACUCAACCUCUGCAAGGUGGGUCAAUAUCUGAAGUGCCCCAAGUGGCCUAUCUGGGUGGUCGGAAGUGAAUCUCAUUACACUGUAGUAUUUGCACUUGACACCAGCGUACAGGAUGAGAAUGAAUUUGAAAAACGAGAAGCAGAGAUCAGAAGAGCAUUUGAUGCUCAAGACCAAAGUGGUGGUGGCGGUUUUAUAAGCUCAGAAAAGCUUCAGCACGUUCUUAGAGAAACAAAGGUCAACAUGCCACCAGAAAUGCUUGAAAAUCUUGCUAGCACGGCCUUCAUUGUUUGGAGUGAAUUCUGGCACGCCCUGUUACAGCUUGACAAGAGCUUGGGUGGCAUGAAGGAUGCAACUGGGCUGAUUGGGAAAAAGCAGUUUGAUCUAUAUCACUUUAAUGGGAUUGCCAAGGCUGUUUCAAAUGGUAAUCAAUUAACUGAAGGUGAGACCUUACAACAAAGGCCAAGACUUACUGAACUUAGCGUUACCGUCCCUCCAAGAUGGAGACCUGAGGAGUUCCUGGUUGAGCUGACCCCAGACUUGAGCAAUGAGCAAGGCGAGAAAGAUGGCAAUGUUGAAGUGGAUCAGCCUGAACGUUCUCAGCAUGCUCCAUUGGUGGACUGUAUUAGAACCCGCUGGCCACUCGCGGUUUGCAGUUGGGUCGGUGAUGCACCAAGCAUUGUCUGAAUUUUCAGGAUCAGUUGGCAUUGCAUGUGUGUUUGAUUGACAAUUUGAGCUGCAGCUCUAUUGGAUGGCAUCCAUCAACAGUUCCUGGAUGAUCAUUGAUGGCCAGGGAUGUGAGGAGUUAGUUAAUUCAGGCUGCAGGUUCAGUAGUCUGCUCACAUUUUUGGCUUUGAUAUUCAGUGUUUAAUUUAGCUUGGAGAAUGGAGCUCGUUAUGAUUUAUCUCUUCACCCCCGCUCUCAAUGCAAAGUGAGGAUAAACAUGUACGGGUAAGAAACCAUAGAAUUUAAUUUUGCAUUAAGGCACAGAGCCCAUGGUUCAAGGCGUCUGAGCACAAUGCUAAUAUCUGUAGAAGUUGGCUCUGCGGGGAUAUCACCGCAUGUGCUUUUCUACUUUUCUGUGUCCAAUAUUUUAAUGUAUGUGACAGCAUCUGUGCAGUUUUCCUAUCUGUCGAUCCUUCAGACACAGAUGGUCUGUUAUAAACAUUUAGCUUAAAUUGUUUGAUUUAAUGAAAGGCAAAAAUAGGCUUGACCGCGUGCGAUUCUGUA